CUUUUUACAAGACACACCGUGCCAACAAUACAGCGUAAUAUUACGGCUAGGUCUGUCUUAUAAACACACCACUGCCCAAAUUUUGUGGCAUUCGUUCCGCCUCGCUUGGUAGUAAUAUUGUGAUAAUAUUCUGACUUGUGCCAAGGUGUAAUCGCCGAUUACACCUUGGCACAACAGUGGGAAGUGUCGUGAUCACAUGGGGAGUUGUUGCCGAGCUCCGGCCGGCAACUUUAUUAAAAAUGAAAGUAAAAAUGGUAAACAGAAUCAGCUGAGCUGAUGUACUGGAGCGAUGCGGCAAUCUUGGAACUUUUCUCCAUUAGAGCUGGGAUUCAGACCACUAGAGAUGGCACAGGGACUGUGGAGGACAGACACCUUUAGGAGUGGCUUCGAUCGCAAUACACACCAAGUUAUGUCCAAGAUUAUACCGAAGUCCACAGCAGUGCAGAGACCGCCCCCAUACCCCCUUUAUACCACCAUUGCGUAAUCUUUAGUGAAAAGGACACGAUGGCGCAACAUUGCCGGCAUGGUCUGAUAAAUGACCUACGGCUCGCUGAUGCUGUUUCAGCAUUGCCGCAAAUUGACGGCAUUGUCUUCUAAAAACAGCUCAUGACUGUCCGGUUGAUUGGUUUCCCUAAAUUGUUGUGUGUGUGAUUGGUUUAUCCUGUGUGUCUGUUGCCCCGUGAUGGACAGGCAACCUGUCCAGGGUGUACCCGCCUGUUUGCCCAGAGGCAGCUGGAGAUGGGCAUCAGCCCCCGAUGACCUUGCAUGCAUAAGCAAGUUUAGACAACUGAUGGAAGGAAGAGACCAUUUUAGCCUAAUUUUGUUAACAAAGCUGAAAUAUAUAAAAUCUUGGGAAUGUUGAGAUUAAGGAGCAGCAGAAGGUGGAGCUUCUAACUCUGAUUUUAUACACUCUAUAAAUUUAAACCUAACCCCUUAUUUCACCAAUUGUAUUUCCUUGGAGAACAUUCUUCCUCUCAUUUCUUACUUUCUAUGCGAUAUGAUCUAUUUCCUAAUAUUUUCAGUCAGUGACGGUUUUAGCAUUAGGCAUAGGUCGGCGGCCACCUGAGGGCCCCUUAUGUUGGGGGCCCCCUAGCCCUGACUGCUGGCACCCCUCUGUUAAUCCCACAAUGGACUAUUCCUUUAAGAUGCCGAUGCACAAACAGGAAGUAAUUGGUAGUCAUUCCACUCCAAUCCAGUUGGUGGCUGUAAUGCACCAAAUUGUUGUUUGCCAAGUGCCAUAAAACCACAAAGAAGAAGAAGAGAGGCGGAUCGUUCGUAACAAACUCGAAGCGAUAGUCAAAACAUUAAGCAUGAAAUUGAGUUAUCCUAGUGGCUCCAAUAAGAGAAAGAAGCAGCUCGCUUUAAAAAAGCUUUUAUUUUCACUUCUGAAAGUGACGUCGUUUUUCGAUGUAAACAUCAAAAGGAGGCAGAAAAGGAAAGACAAUGGAAAAUGUUUAAAGGGAGGAAAACAUAGACCAAAAUGGAAAAUAGAAGAAAAAAUAAAGUAAGGCAAAAGCACAGGAGCACUGACAGGAAAAAGAAAGCAGAGCAAAUAUUGAAAGCACUCAAAGGGAGAGAAAGACAGGGAAAAAGAAGAGGACUAAUAAAAAGGGAAGAUAACUCGUGUCAGAAGAGGGGAGAGUUUCGCAAAUCCAGUUAAAGAUAAGACUGUCGAAAAUUUAGUGUAAGGGGCCCCAUGUCUGUGUUUGCCCUGGGCCCCCAAAUUGCUAAAUCCGCCACUGUUUUCAGCUCCCCACCCAACCCACCCCCAAACAUGUUUUUUUUCCACCACUUAGUGUCCAUAGCUUACAAAUCUAAGUGAGGGAAAACCUGCAGGAUAAAACCGAUUCAUUUUGUGCAACAAUGAACUCAAACUGUUUAAUCUUUUGUGUAAAUGUUGAUUCAUGUUUUAUAUAUAUCCCCAUUUUUAUUCAGGCAAUUUACAUUUAUUUAAAUAAACAUAUCAAAUACAUUAAUUGUUAUUAUAUAAAGAAUAAACAAUGAGUUUCCUUGGUUUUUGUUCAGAACAGUAAUGAGGUCAUCAAAUUAAAAAAUGAUAAGAGUUGAAAAUAAAUCACAGGGAGGGUUCUAAUUGGAGGAGAGGAGACCGAAGUGGGCGGGGCUUGUGCUAAUGAGCUGCAGGAGGAGAAAGGUUGAAGAGACGCAGAGGAGGUGAGGAAGAGAGCAGCACCAGCUGUGUUCCUGCCUGUGGCUCGUGUUUAGAUGGAGUUGGGACCCAGGAGACGUUUACUUCCAGCUUUUGUGAGAGUUUGAGGUGAAUAAAGCGGAGAUGUUCCUCUGGAGGUGGACCUUCUGCCUCCUCGGGUUUUUACCCAGAAGCGUCGCAUCACCUGACGCAGACUUCGGAGGCGAGUCUGGUUCCGGGAUGCUGCAAGAACCAGAGGAGGUGAACGUUCUGCAGGAGCUGUCUUUCCAGGUGUCCGGCAGCAGCAACUCAUCCAUGAAGGUGGAGGACAGCAGGUGUCCCUUCAUCCAGGUGGGACAGUACUCCACCUUGUCCCUCCCUCUGCGGCGGCUCUUCGCUGACAGCGUUGCAGAUGAGUUCAGUUUGCUGCUGCAGCUCCGGAGUUCUCAGAGGCAGGAACACGGCGUGUUGACGGUGCUCGGCCCGGACAGACGCAUCACACUGCAGCUUCGCAUCAGCGCCCACGCCGUCGUCUUCAUCGGAACGCAGCAGCGGCACUACGAGUUUCCGGUCAGCGGAGUGUGUGACGGAGGAUGGCACCACCUGGCCUUCAGCGUGUCGGCUAAUCGCCUGGCGCUCUACGUGGACUGCUCCCUGCUGGAGAGCGUGGGUUGGGUGAACCACGGGAUGGAGAUCAGUGCCGAUGGGCUGCUCAUGGUUGGAGGCCUCAGCGAGGCGUUUGAAACUCCAUUUGAAGGUGACCUUGGACAGCUGGUCUUCCUGCUGGGCGACCCCGACGGCGCUCAGAAGCACUGCAGCCACCAUCCGCCCCGCUGCAGGGAGUCCGCUCCCAAACCUCCCCGCUCGCUGCGCAGCGACAGCGCCCUGGAGAACAUGCUGCUGUCCUCGAAUGACCUGGAGGACCUGCAGAACCGCUCUGAUGAGGAGAGGGUUUUGAGCUUUGACCUGGCGAAUGCCUUCCAGCGAGGAGGGAGUUCUCGAGGGGAUGGGACGAUACCUUCCAGGCCCAAAGGUUCAGCAGGUCGUGGAGACGUCUUCGUGGUCGAUGAGGACACCGACCUGUUGGAUCCUGUGCUCCUGCAGGGUGGAUAUGUGAACCCUCAGUGGAAACCUUCCAUGCAUGGAUCUAAGGGAAGCCAGAAGGGCAAACCAGAGGUUCCAUCUAAAAAGGUGGAGGAGAACAUCACAACAGAGAAAAAGGUAGAUUCUAGGACUCCAUCGCUCUCCCCCAAAAACCCGACAGAUGAUAUUAUUGACUUGGUCAGAGAGAGUGCUCCUAAGAAGCCCUCACUGGGACAUCCCCUGCCUCCAAAGACCUCUUCGAGUCCAAGAACAUCCACAGACUCUGAGAAACCAAGAGAAGAACUGGACGUAGAGACCAGGACGGUCUCACCUGCACCUCGUUGGAUUCCCACCACCACCACACACUUGGAUCACAGGACCACACCGAACAAACACACAAGACCAGACAGAGAAGGCCCUCUGAUUGUGCCUGCUGGAUCCAGAGAUGGGAACCUGGUUUUAGGAUCAGAUGGCAGAACGUACAGGGUCCAGAGAGGUCCAGCUGGCAGAAAGGGCCCCCCAGGACCAGACGGAUGUGCUGGUGAUCCGGGGUACCCUGGGUUUAAAGGGGAUAAGGGUGAGAUGGGCUAUGAAGGAAGACGAGGACAGCGGGGACAGCCAGGACUUCCAGGAAAUCCUGGUUUACCAUCGUUUUACUUGUGGGAAAACACCGCAGAGGAAUGGACGGCUUUCCGGCAAACUAAUUUCUACCAGCUCCUCUCCGCUGGAUGGCCUACUAAAGAAGGACCUGUAGGACCACCUGGAGAGAUGGGCAAACCUGGCGUGCAGGGCCCACCUGGAGAUCCGGGGAUUCACGGACAACCAGGAAUGCCAGGAGACAUGGGGGAUCCAGGCUCCAGGGGCCCCCCAGGACGGACUGGUACCCCAGGGAGAGAUGGUGAUGAUGGGGAAGAUGGUCAGCCGGGACCACCUGGUUCUCCUGGACCACAUGGCCUAUGGGGGUACCGAGGAGAGCGAGGGCCGAAAGGGGAGAAAGGUGAUGAGGGUCUCGUUGGCUUCCGGGGUCCAACAGGAGAAACUGGCGAACCCGGUGAGAAGGGUGAAACUGGUUUACCGGGUGCAGCUGGUCUUGUUGGACAGCCAGGGUCCCAGGGAGCUCGAGGUGGUUCUGGACCAGAAGGAUCUAUCGGGCCUGAUGGGGAAUGUGGUCUGGAUGGCCCCUCCGGUCCUCCAGGGCUGCCGGGUGCUCCAGGUGUGACUGGGCAUGUUGGUGCUAAGGGAGUGGAUGGCUCAAGGGGGGACUCGGGGCCAGCUGGCAGUGUUGGUCCUCAGGGCCCUCAGGGACCUCCAGGUUUAGAGGGACAGAUGGGACCUCCUGGACAUAGAGGGCCCCAGGGGCAGGCUGGUAUGACGGGUGCUGCUGGACCUAAAGGAGAGCCUGGACCUGUGGGGCCCGUGGGCCCUCGGGGGGAUCCCGGCUUUGAGGGUCCCAUGGGAGUACCGGGACUACCAGGUCACGUUGGUUUUCCAGGAGUGACGGGCACCAGAGGACCAGACGGGGACAAGGGCCAUCCUGGAUCUAAAGGGGACAAAGGCGUUCAGGGGACCAAGGGCAUUUGGGGUCCUCAGGGGGAGAGGGGCCCCAUUGGCCUGACUGGUUUCUCUGGGGCGACUGGUCCCCCAGGUCCUAGAGGUGCCGAGGGUAUAAGUGGUGAAACAGGCCUGUUGGGAAAAGAGGGCAGCCCGGGGUCAAAGGGGAACAGCGGACAAGAUGGACGCUCGGGGAAACCUGGAGCCAGAGGGAACAAGGGUCCAACAGGGCAGAGGGGUCACCCUGGGUUACCAGGCCCAUCGGGUUUACCUGGGCCUCCUGGACCUAAGGGAGCAGAAGGAAAGCCUGGUACACAGGGUCCGUCAGGUGCGGAUGGCAGCGCUGGCGCUAAGGGAUCGACGGGCUUUCAUGGUAUCGCUGGAGAGAGAGGAGCAGAUGGCCCACCAGGUUCAACGGGACCCUCCGGGAAGACGGGACCCCAAGGGUCACCUGGACCCCCAGGAAACAAGGGUUUUACAGGAAAGCCAGGCACGGAGGGUCCUCAGGGCCCAGUAGGCAUGUAUGGUAUUCCAGGAAAUGCAGGCGCACGUGGACCUGCAGGUUUACAGGGAGACAGGGGCGAGUCUGGUUUAAGAGGUUUACCGGGUUCUCCUGCCAAGCCAGGGCCUAAAGGUCCUCCAGGUUCUUCUGGAGAAAAGGGACCCCGAGGACCUCAGGGUUGGCUAGGAGCUGUAGGACCUAAAGGGAUCCACGGCCCACAGGGCCCUGCUGGUCCUCCUGGUCCAAAUGGUGGUCCGGGUAAACCAGGACCCAGAGGAGUCAUCGGGCCUCCAGGACCUCCGGGUCCACAGGGGUCGGCAGGAAUCCCAGGCUCACCAGGUGAUGACGGGUUAUCAGGAGCAGCGGGAGGAAAAGGACAGAAGGGCUUACCUGGACCACCAGGAGACACAGGUCCACCAGGAUCAGAUGGACUGCAGGGUCUUUCUGGCCCACGAGGGACCGAGGGUCCAGCUGGAAGGAAAGGAGAUCUGGGAGUCUUGGGGCCUUCUGGGAAAUCUGGAGUUCAGGGACCCAAGGGAGAGAGAGGACUGGAGGGCACCAAAGGCCCACUGGGACUACGUGGACCAGUCGGAAAAGAGGGGGAAGUCGGGCGUCCUGGUGAACUUGGUGGUCCUGGACCCAAAGGAGAGAAGGGGGAUGUCGGACCUCCUGGUCUGUCUGGCCCAGAAGGCGUGUGGGGAGCCAUUGGAGGAAACGGCAUCCAGGGUCCCAAAGGGGGAAAGGGCCACAUUGGGUUGUUGGGUGAACCUGGACUAGUGGGUAAAGAGGGUCCAGCGGGCCUGCCGGGGCUCCAGGGAAUCGAAGGUCCUCGAGGACCUCCAGGGCCUGAUGGGCCUGGAGGAACAAAGGGGGAUUCUGGCCCGAUGGGUAUCGCUGGACCACCAGGGUCAGAGGGCUUUCAGGGAGAAGAUGGACCACGUGGUGUGAGAGGGGAUCCUGGCAGACCAGGACUUCCUGGUAAAGUGGGGCAAGUUGGACCAAAGGGAGAAGAGGGAGCUGAAGGAGAACCCGGAACACAGGGACCAAAAGGAGAGCCAGGAGUUCCAGGCCCAGCAGGAAAACAGGGUGAGGAUGGACUUCCAGGUGUCCAGGGUCCUUCUGGUCUGCCGGGACUUGAGGGACCUGUUGGAGAACCGGGACAGCAGGGUCCUCCAGGUCCUGUCGGGUCUCUUGGAGUUCGUGGAAACCCAGGGGCCGAAGGAAAACAGGGCGGAAAGGGAGAAAAGAUGGGCCAGAAGGCCUCCUUGGAUGGUCAGGGAUCAUUGUAAGGAACACCUAUGGGAAUGCUAUCUGCUGUUCUGUUAUGAAGAGAAAUCUGGACCUCCUGGACUACGUGGAGAUCUGGGGGGAGAAAGGAGACAUGGGACUGCCCGGACCAGCUGGACAGGAUGGCCCAAAGGGGAUGCCUGGUGAAGUUGGAUUCCCCGGUCCAGCAGGACAAAAGGGAGAACAGGGAAACAUCGGCCCCCCUGGACCAAGAGGUGCAUUAGGGAUGCCCGGACUGCCUGGUUUGUUUGGAAUAAAGGGGCAUAAAGGCUACCAAGGCCUUCCUGGACUGCCUGGAAGACGAGGGCUUCCGGGUCCACCUGGUCUUCCUGGUCCUCCGGGACUCUCUCUGAACUUCACUUUGACUCAGCUAAAGGACCUGAUGUACAUGUCCGACAAGCCCAACCUCGCUCUGGUCCAGUCGCUGCUGGAGUCUCUGCAGCAGGAGCUCCGGCUGCUGUUGGAUCCUCCCGAUGGAAGCAAGGAGCAUCCGGCCACCACCUGCCUGGAGCUCUGGCUCUGCCACCCUGAAUAUAGAAGCGGAAUGUAUUACAUCGACCCGAACCAGGGCAGCACCGCCGAUGCUCUGCUGGCCUACUGCGUCUUCACCUCCUCAUCGAAGCAGACCUGCCUUCAUCCUCGGGACUACCAGCUGCCUAUGAAAUCUUGGCUGGAAGAACCCUCUGAAGAAGGAAAGUUUCAGUGGCUCAGCAGGUUGGAUCAAGGACAUCAGUUUUCUUAUCCAGAUGCCAGUGUGGUCCAGAUGCGGUUCCUGAGGUUACACAGUGUCACCGCUGUCCAGACGGUGACAUAUUCCUGUCAUCCAGGACAUCGACUGGGCCUGGAGGAGAGUGAGGUGAAAUUCCUCACCGAUACCGGGAAGCAAAGCUACCUGGGAGCGCUGAAAGAUUGCCUGCCUGGAGAGGAGACGCCCUCUGGUCCUCGGGAGUCUGUGUUUGAGUUUGAAGACCUCCAGCUACUUCCUCUGAGAGACGUUGCGAUAAUGGGAGGAGGAAACUUCACACACCAGUUCAGCUUCACCUUUGGACCAGUGUGUUUCAGCUAGAGGUGUCGGGAAGCUGCGCUGUCCAAAGACUAACGCAUCCAGGACUAAAACCUUCGUCUGAAUCACGAACACCCACAGAACACACGGAGCAACAGAUUUGAAAGAUUUCCCUUUCUUUCUCUUCUGACGGGGGAUUCCAGAGACUGAAUUCGACAGAGAAUUGUUGUUUUGCUAUUUUUUUUGUUUACAGAGACAUUCAUCUUUUAUGAAAUAAUUUAAAUAUGUAUGUUUUAUUCCACAUAUAUGACAUUUUUCACUGUUUGAGUGUUGCUGUUUAUGUAAGUUGAUCAGUAAGGCUGAAUGAUCUACCUUUUUAGACUGAAACUGCGAUUUCAAACAACGCGAUCACGUGAUCGUCAAAGCUGCGGUGUUUGUAGCCCUCCUGACUGACCCAGGAUCUUUUGCAACAUGAUGGUUUCCCCGCGUUACGGCACGUGGAUGGGGGAUAACGGAGCUGAGCCCAAUCCCUCAGAACUGCACAUUUUGGUUAUUUUCCUGUUGUUUUUUCUUACAAAGCGCCGUUUCUACAGUUGAUGUUAGAGCGUCUUUGGCCGUUUGUCUCUGUUGUGUUCAUCUCAGCACCGUGGGCGAGCGAGGGACAGAGAUUCAUUCCCAAGCAGCAGAACUGGAUUUAUUAUAACACUGAGUGCACUUGAAAGAUUAACUUCUUUUAUUUUUCUGAUGGCACUCGCUAAUUCAAACAAGCACGUUAAAGGUGCAGUAUGUAACAAGUUAAUGAGAAUUUUACAGUGAGAAAAUCCCAAAAGAGUCUAAUGUUUCAGUCAUUUUGGGAGGACGGUUCGACUGAAACAUGUUUCUUAUCCAACUAGCUGCUGGGUUGUCAGUUUUUCUCCUUUCAAAACAAAGGAAGGAGGGACGUAACCACUGAUUACCAUCAGUGAGGGUGGGGUUGCCAAGUCUCCCGCGGCCUAAUACUGCAGCUCCCACGGUUGUAAUUUGGCGACGAUUGGCAAAAAGCUCCGGAGUUGUUUAAAGGAGCAGUUUGCGGUAACCAACUUUUACCGCAGGAUGUCGUUUUUUCUUCAUUUCGACAUAAUGCAGCUUUAAACGUGUCACAGUUUAGCGUUGGAGCGUGUUUUAGCGAGAAAAAAGACAAACAGCCCAGAAAAAUGUCCAGACAGAACAAGAACACAUAUUUUCAUGUAGCGCCCCUUUUGGUAAGACUCACAAGUCGCUUCGCAAGCACAUAAAAAAUAAGAAAGAUAAAAAUGGGAGAAAAAAUUAACAGCUUUUAAUUAGGGCUGGGCAAUAAAUCAAAAAUGUAUUGUUAUCAAAAUUUCUGACUCUGACCGAUAUCAUUUUCCCCGUGUCGAUAAAUUCAUUGAUAGAAAAAGGAAAAGAUGUACGUAGGUUGUCGACAUUCUUGUCCCUUUAACAAGUUGUAUCACCUUGAGUCACCCCAGCAAACAUUCGGAGGUUUAAUCUUUUGUUUUUGUUUUUUUUGUUCCCCCCCCCGUGUCCUGUCUGGCUGUGAAGCAAACAGAAUUGAUGUCUGAAUGCUGUCGACAAGCCUUACAGAUUUACUCUCAGGUGGAGCAUUAAAGCGUCUGCUUUUAAUGUCACGCCUGAUACUUAAAACUUUAUUGUUAUUGUUGUUGAAUGCUUUGUAAUUCCGACCAGACACGGAGACAGAGGUGAAAGAGAAAGGAAAAGACGGGGGGGGGGGGGG